AUGGGUGCCAUAUCAUCAACACAUGCAUCAUCCACAACUACAUCAUCCAACCAAUCAAUCUUACCUACAUCAUCUACCCAAUCAUCUGUACCUACAUCUAUCCAAUCAUCUACACCUGCAUCUACUACAUCAUCUGUACCUACAUCCAUAACAAAUUGUAGUAAAUUGGUUAAGGAAAAUGUUGGUGUUCAACAUCAAGAGUAUUUACUUGGAUCUACAGGACUGGAUGAGCGUCUAUAUAUUGGAGUGCGAGAUAAGGAGUUAUUUACUUCGGGCCCAUGUUCUUCCAUUAUCUAUAAAUCCUUUGGUGAAAGAGUUGAUUUAAAUGGGUAUAGUUGGGAAACUUUAAGCGACGAGACAAAACUCCUUUAUUGGGACGAGUUUCAUAAAAAGUGCUAUUGGGAUGAUGCAAAAACUUCAGCUCAAGAAGAAAUCAGAACAAAACAAAAAAAUAGGUGUAGAGGUGUAGCUGAUGGACAAACCCUUUCUACGCAUACCGGUGGAUCGGCUUCUCAUUCCAAGAUUGCUUCUGAUUUAAAUCACGAUGGAGUGACUUUUUUAAUUGACAAAGCUAAAAAAAUUCAUGAUGGUUUUAUGGAACGAUGUGAUCGGUUGGAAGCAAUAGGAGAGGAAAUUGAUGACGACAAAAUAUUUUAUGAUGUUGUUGGGGGACAUGAUCGAAAAAAGAGAUUAUAUGGAUUUGGCUCAUAUGGAAAGCGCAUUCGUUCAAGUAAAAAAUCUUCUGAAAUGCAUCGCGAACAAUACGAGGAUAAUAAUGCUGAGACAAAAGUCGAGAUUGAGAAUUUGAAGACGAGACACAAUGCGAACAAUAUGAGGAUAUUCAACAAAAAUAUGAGGAUGUUUAACAAAAAUAUGAGGAUGCUCAGAAAUUUGCUAUGGACCAAAUGA